ACUUGGAUUAUUACUGGCUGGAUCCUGCCACGUGGCACAGCAGGGAGACGUCUCCUAUUAGUUCGCAUCCCGUAACGUGGCAGCCUUCUAAAGAGGGAGAUCGCUUAAUUGGGCGUGUUAUUCUUAACAAGAGAACAACUAUGCCAAAAGAAUCAGGUGCAUUACUGGGGCUAAAAGUUGUUGGAGGGAAAAUGACAGAAUUAGGACGACUCGGUGCCUUCAUUACCAAAGUGAAGAAAGGUAGCUUGGCUGAUGUGGUGGGGCAUCUCAGAGCAGGGGAUGAAGUUCUAGAAUGGAAUGGUAAACCCUUGCCUGGAGCUACAAAUGAAGAAGUUUACAACAUUAUUUUAGAAUCAAAAUCAGAACCUCAAGUUGAAAUUAUUGUUUCAAGACCUAUUGGUGAUAUUCCACGGAUUCCUGAGACUUCUCACCCCCCGUUAGAGUCUAGUUCAAGUUCUUUUGAGUCUCAGAAGAUGGAAAGGCCUUCUAUUUCUGUUAUAUCUCCGACCAGCCCUGGAGCCCUACGAGAUGCACCACAAGUCCUACCAGGGCAACUUUCCGUUAAACUGUGGUAUGACAAGGUGGGACAUCAGUUAAUAGUAAAUGUUCUGCAAGCAACAGAUUUGCCACCAAGAGUAGAUGGACGCCCUAGGAAUCCCUAUGUAAAAAUGUAUUUUCUUCCAGACAGAAGUGAUAAGAGUAAAAGGAGGACCAAAACAGUAAAGAAAAGUCUAGAGCCAAAAUGGAACCAAACUUUUCUCUACUCACAUGUACAUCGUAGAGAUUUUAGAGAACGGAUGCUUGAAAUAACUGUAUGGGAUCAACCGAGAGUACAAGAAGAAGAGAGCGAAUUUCUUGGAGAGAUUCUUAUAGAGCUGGAGACAGCACUUUUAGAUGAUGAACCACAUUGGUAUAAGCUACAGACACAUGAUGAAUCUUCACUACCUCUGCCUCAGCCAUCACCUUUCAUGCCAAGAAGACAUGUUCAUGGUGGAGAAAGCACUAGCAAAAAAUUACAAAGAUCUCGGCCAAUCAGUGAUAGUGACAUCUCAGAUUAUGAUGUUGAUGAUGGUAUUGGAGUUGUUCCUCCAGUAGGUUAUAGAUCUAGUACUAGAGAAAGUAAAUCUACAACGCUAACUGUGCCAGAACAGCAAAGAACAACGCAUCAUCGUUCACGAUCUGUAUCUCCUCACCGUGGCGACGAUCAGGGCAGGACCCGUUCACGUUUACCAAAUGUGCCAUUACAGAGGAGUUUAGAUGAAAUUCAUCAAAUGAGAAGGUCACGUUCUCCAACUAGACACCAUGAUGCCUCCAGAACUCCGGUUGAUUACAGAUCCAGAGACAUGGAUAGUCAGUAUUUGUCUGAUCAAGAAAGUGAGCUUCUUAUGCUGCCCAGAGCAAAACGAGGAAGAAGUGCAGAGUGCCUACAUACCAUCAGAAGUUCUGUUAGGCACUAUAAAACUUUACCACCCAAGAUGCCUUUACUAGAAAAUGGUACUCAUUGGAACAUAUACAGCUCAACUCUUCCUGCAUGUGCUAAGACCAAAUCCGUGAUUAGACAGGAUAUUUCACUCCUUCGUGAUUGCCUUAAUUCACGAAUACCGAAAUUUGGAGAUGAUCUACUUGUUAGUGAACUACAGCCCUCCCUUGACAGGGCUAGGAGUGCUAGUACCAACUGCUUGAGACCAGAUACUAGUUUGCAUUCACCAGAACGAGAAAGGGGUAGAUGGUCCCCCUCACUAGAGAGGAGACGACCUACUAGUCCCAGGAUUCAUAUCCAGCAUGCAUCUCCGGAGGAUGACAGGCAGUCCAGAAAAGUGGAAAGAUAUAGCAGUCAAAAACAAACUAGGAAAGGCGCCGCAACUGAAACAGAAAGGGGUCUGCUACCAUCUCUUUCUAGAAGGGGACUUCCAACCCCACGAACAACUGAACAGCCAGUCAUUAGGGGAAAACAUCACACUCGCUCAAGGUCGAGUGAGCACUCUAGUAUCAGACCCUUAUGCUCUGUACAUCAGCUAGCGCCCGGAGGGUCGGCGCCACCUUCUCCACUUCUGACAAGAAUACAUCAACAAGGAAGUCCCACACAGUCUCCUUCUGCAGACACAUCCUUCAGCAGUCGCAGAGGAAGACAGCUACCGCAAGUUCCAGUAAGAAGUGGCAGUAUAGAGCAAGCAAGCUUAGUAGUGGAGGAGCGAACAAGACAGAUGAAAAUGAAAGUGCACCGUUUUAAUCAGACGUCAGGGUCUGGUUCUAGCCAAGAACAUGAGCGUGAGCAAUAUACCAAGUAUAACAUACAAACAGAUCAGUACAGAAGUUGUGAUAACGUCUCUGCCAAAUCAUCAGAUAGUGAUGUCAGUGAUGUGUCAGCCAUUUCCCGAACCAGCAGUGCCUCACGCCUCAGCAGCACAAGUUUUAUGUCAGAGCAAUCUGAACGCCCUCGGGGCAGAAUCAGUACAUUUACUCCUAAAAUGCAAGGCAGACGGAUGGGGACUUCAGGGAGAAUCACUAAGAGCACAAGUGUGAGCGGAGAGAUGUAUAAGCUGGAGCACAAUGACGGGAGUCAGUCGGACACGGCUGUCGGCACGGUUGGAACAGGUGGGAAGAAAAGGCGUUCCAGCCUUAGUGCCAAAGUGGUGGCCAUAGUGUCUCGAAGGAGCAGAAGCACAUCUCAACUUAGCCAAACAGAGGCUGGCAACAAGAAGCUAAAGAGCACGAUACAGAGAAGCACAGAGACAGGAAUGGCAGCAGAGAUGAGAAGUCGUAUGGUUCGACAGCCAAGUCGGGAAUCCACUGAUGGCAGCAUAAAUAGUUACAGCUCCGAGGGCAACUUAAUAUUUCCUGGAGUACGGCUGGGUGCUGACAGUCAGUUCAGUGAUUUCCUCGAUGGACUUGGACCUGCACAGUUAGUAGGCCGGCAAACACUAGCAACCCCUGCAAUGGGUGACAUCCAGAUUGGAAUGGUGGAUAAGAAGGGCCAGUUAGAAGUAGAAGUCAUUAGAGCCCGUGGCCUCACACAAAAACCUGGCUCCAAAUCUACCCCAGCUCCGUAUGUCAAAGUGUAUUUAUUGGAAAAUGGAGCAUGUAUAGCUAAGAAGAAGACAAGAAUUGCACGGAAGACCCUUGAUCCUUUGUACCAACAGACACUGGUUUUUGAUGAAAGUCCACAGGGUAAAGUCCUUCAGGUAAUAGUUUGGGGAGACUAUGGCCGAAUGGACCACAAAUGCUUCAUGGGAGUUGCCCAGAUCCUUCUGGAGGAACUGGAUCUGUCCAGUGUGGUAAUAGGCUGGUAUAAAUUAUUUCCACCUUCAUCACUAGUGGAUCCAACCUUGACUCCCCUGACACGCAGGGCUUCCCAGUCAUCUCUGGAAAGUUCAACUGGGCCUCCCUGCAUUAGAUCAUAGUAGCAGGUGCUGUCUAAUAAAAACAUCACCCAGGAUAACAAUUGGAACCAGAUAUUCACAUGAUCAAAAAACACUGUUGGAGAGAGACAAUCACUUCUGUUUUUGCUUGUAGUAGUUAUCCAAACAUAUGUCUGUUUGUCAAGAGAUGGCUUAAAUUGACAGAACAAAGGUAUAUCACAUACGGCCAAUCUAUUAACGGCUAUCACCGAUGCUUAUACCGAUUUAAAAAAAACAAACAAAAAAAAAAAAGAAAAAAAAAA